GUGACGGAAUGUUCGAAAAUUAUCGAAACAUGGCAGUACCGACCAGCAGAGCUGUGGUUUUUGUUACUGGUAACGCGAAAAAAUUAGAAGAGGUAGUUCAAAUCCUUGGUGACAAGUUUCCUUAUAAACUAAUUUCCAAGAAGAUUGACUUGCCUGAAUAUCAGGGGGAACCAGAUGAUAUUUCUAUACAAAAGUGUCAGGAAGCAUCAAGGCAGGUGGAUGGGCCAGUGCUGGUAGAAGACACCUGUCUAUGUUUCAGGGCACUCGAAGGAUUACCAGGACCUUACAUAAAAUGGUUCCUGGAUAAACUUAAACCGGAGGGACUGCAUAAAUUGCUGACAGGUUUUGAGGAUAAGUCAGCCUGGGCUCUGUGUACAUUUGCCUUCUGUGCUGGGAAAGAUGAGCCAGUUCAGCUUUUUAGAGGAAUAACCGAGGGCUGCAUUGUUGAGCCCAGAGGCCCGAGAGAUUUUGGGUGGGAUCCUUGUUUUCAGCCUGAUGGCUAUGACAAAACGUAUGCUGAGCUACCUAAAGAUGUGAAGAACAGCAUCUCUCAUCGAUACCGAGCCCUGGCAGCUUUAUCUGAGCACUUUAACCAGCUAAACGAUGCACCAGACACAAAGCGCACAAAACAUCAAGACUGAGUAAGCAGCCAAUCAUUAGAAACAGGCACUGGGUCUUUUAAAUGCACCAAUGUGUGUCAUAAACGGUUUAGAAUAUACUCUGUCCUCUUGGUCUUUUAAAAUAAAUGCUUUGUUUAUAAAUA